AUGAAGGCGCUGUCGAUCGAGGAGCAGCCGCUGCCGACUGUGGCGGUCAAGCAGCCGAAGGUAGACGUGGUGAAGGAGUACGGGCAGACGAAGCGGAAGCCGCAUGUCAAUUUCGUGGUGGUGGGGCAUGUGGACGCGGGCAAGAGUACGUUGAUGGGCAGGCUGAUGGUUGAUAUUGGCGCGAUUGACGAGCGCACGAUAAAUAAGUACAAGCACGACGCGGAUAAGCUUGGCAAGGGAUCCUUUGCGUUUGCGUGGGUGCUCGAUCAGAGUGAAGAGGAGCGCGAGAGGGGCGUGACGAUUGAUGUGGCGACAAACUACUUCGAGUCGCCAAAAGUAUCAUUCACGAUCCUCGACGCGCCGGGCCACAAGGACUUUGUUCCCAACAUGAUUGCAGGCGCGUCCGAGGCCGACUUUGCCGUUCUCGUGAUUGACUCUUCGCCAAACGCGUUCGAAUCCGGAUUCAACCAAAACGGGCAGACGAAAGAGCACGCGCUGCUGGUGCGUAGUCUGGGCGUGCAGCGGAUCAUCGUCGCGGUGAAUAAGCUCGACAACGUGCGGUGGGCGGAGUACAGGUUCGCGGAGAUCAAGGAGCAGAUGCAGGCUUUCCUGACCUCGAUCGGGUUCGCGGAGAGCCAGGCGUCGUUUGUGCCGUGUAGCGGGUUGGCGGGGGAUAACAUUGUGCGGCGGUCGACGGAGGAGGAGUUAUUGGCGUGGUACGGCGACGGGCCGACGUUACUUGACGAGCUUGAGAAUCUGCGGCUGGUGGAAAGGGAUAUCAAGGGAAGUCUGCGGGUGUCGGUCACGGACGUGUUCAAGUCGUCGUCGUCGAGCCUCGUGAAUGUGACGGGGCGGAUUAAUAGCGGGAACGUGCAAUCCGGCGAGACGGUGGUCGUGGUGCCGAGCAUGCAGACUGCGACAGUGAAGACAAUCAUGGUCAGCAACGACCUGCGCGACUGGGCUGUCGCGGGCGAUAACGUCCAGCUCGGGUUGUCGAGCAUCGACCUCGUGCAUCUCCGCGCGGGCGACGUGCUCUGCGGCCUGACCUCUGCGCCGGUGCGUCGCGCGCGGACGUUCACCGCCCGCGUGAUUCUGUUCCAGCUACGGGUGCCGAUCAUCAAGGGUUCGAACGCGAUCGUGUACCGAGGCCGCUCGUCGCAGGCGGUGAAGAUCACGAAGUUGAUUGCGGUGCUGGAUAAGGCGAGCGGGAAGGUGAGUAAGAGUAAGCCGCGGCAUCUGGUGAGCGGGCAGAGCGCGGUGGUCGAGAUUGAGGUGGAGGGGAAAGGGUGUUUUCCGCUGGAGACGUUUAGGGAGAGUAAGGAUUUGGGGAGGGUGGUGUUGCGGCAGGAUGGGAAUACGAUUGCGGCGGGGAUCGUGGAGGAGGUGGGGGCGGUGUUGAAUGAGUUGUAA